CGCUAAGCCGCUUCCUGAUCCCCUCACUGCUUUCGUGCUUCGCUUGUUUUUUUUCCUCCGUAUUUGUUGGUAUCUGCAGCUCAGACCACACGCGACCCCAACCUCUUUUCUUUAUCGAUUCAAUCAAGCGUACUAGCACUCCGGCUAGAUGGGCUUUGCGACAGUAAAGUAAAUCUAUUCUAUUCGUAUAAGUGGUAGGCUCUAUCACUCUCUAUCCACCUAUCUCUCCUCCUCUCCCGUCCCCUCUGCUUCUUCUCUGCCUCCUUCCGCUCUCUCUCUAUUCCACCCUACAACCUCCGAUCUGCAGCUGCGGCUCCUGAAGGUCGAGGAGACAGGCGGAAGGCUGGUCAGCACAUUGAAAGGUGAACCCAAAUAUAUGGCCUUCAAGGCUGCACAUGUUAUUCCAUCUAGUUUAGCAAGGCCAUACAGGUACAGUUUCAGUCCCUCCCAGUCUUGUUAUCAGCCAAAACCUCCAAUGAGAAAUGAAGCAAGAAUCAGCGUGAAGAAUCAGCACGAGAGUUCACCAGUCCUGAGAUGCAGUGCCAAUGUUCGCGGACACCUCAAUGAGGCUGUUCCAUUUCCGCAGGAUUACACAGCUGAAAUUCCAAUAAUUCUACACCCGUCGGUUCUUUUCCCUGGCGAAACGCUUCGGCUGCAGACAUUUGAGUUCAGAUACCGCAUGAUGAUGCAAACACUACUCCAGGUCCAGGAAGGCCUCAGCUUUGGAAUCAUUUACUCUGCUCGACGGGAUGAUAUGAUAGCAGAUGUAGGAUGCAUCGCCAAUGUCCUCGAGUGCGAAAGGCUUGUUGACGACCGUUUUUUCUUGACAUGCGUAGGCGGAGAGCGCUUUCGGGUCUUAGAGGUAGUCAGAACAAAGCCCUAUGUGAUCGCAAGAAUCAUGGCACUGAAUGACAGGGACUCACCCAAUUCAGGGCAUCAUUGUGACCUGGGGUGCCUGAUGCAGCAAGUGGAAGGGCACCUGAAUAACGUGACAAUGCUUUCAGACAAACUCAACUGGAAACAAAGGGGAGAUAAUCUUCAGGCUGGGCAGGUCAGCAGGAUGCACUCCCCGGAGUCUUUCUCCUUCAGAGUCGCCAACUUGUUCAUCGAUGAUAUUUCAGAGAAGCAAUGGUUGCUCCGGUUGGAUGACACAGCGCAACGGUUGGCGCGAGAAGGGCGGUACCUGGAGAAAAGGAGCAAGUACCUCGCGGCCAUAGCAGCAAUCAAGGGCGCAUUUGGACUCCUGUCCUGCAAUGACUAAUAGUGGCAAACAUAAUGCACCGGAGUUUGUACUAGUAGUACUGAUAGAUAUCGGCAAGAGUAGUCUCUUGAUCAGACUCUGUAGCCAUAGGUUUCUCAUGUUGCCUUUGGUUUGCUAUACUUUGGUUUUUUCUUUUCUUUUCUUUUGAGAAACUAUACUUUGCUUUUACCCUGAUGUGUAUAUAUUGUACAUUGCUUGAUGGCCGUGUUGUGAUGGUGAAACUUGGCAAAUUCUAUAUGUA